AUCAUGAGCACUUCCAUGUCUUUCCGAGCAUUUCGUCUUUCUUCUUCCCUUUGGCGCGCCAAUGCCCGUUGUAUGCGCAGAGAAUCGCUUGCAUACCUGAACGCAAGCUCUUCUAUCCACCAAAGAAAGCGGACUUUCUCUUCCACUUGGUCAAGAAGUGCCGCCCUUGCGUCCCACCCCCCAAAACAACCCACGAUACUUGUGAUCUCACCUACACAAGAACAAUUAGAGGAGCAAGAGGUUGAGAUAGAUCUGAUAUCGCCGCAGGAUGUGCAUGUUGAAGUUACAGAGCGGGCUGCAGAGCAACUGCGUCAAAUAUCAACGCGAGAACGUAACUCAGAUGCUGCUCUUCGGAUAGCUGUCCAGUCUGGUGGCUGCCAUGGAUAUCAGUAUACAAUGGAGCUCGCGAAGGCACGAGAGCCUGAUGAUUACCAUUUUAGCCAUCCUCAGAUAAAGCCAUCAAAUAUAUACGUGGAUGCCGUCUCGAUGACACUUCUGAAUGGUUCCACGAUAGAUUUCGCGACCGAACUUAUUGGGAGUAGCUUUCGUGUGUUGGAUAAUCCACAGGCGCAGGGUAGUGGUUGUGGUUGUGGAGUGAGUUGGGAACUAAAAGUGUAGAAAGAAAGGGGAAACCAUGGCAUUGGCGGCCAAUUUGUAAGAUUUAUUUUGCUCUACAUGUUUCACGUGUAAUUUAUACAGCUCAUCACCACUCAACCACUCAACUGCCUCGAUUUUUUUAGAGUCGAUACACUCAGAUGGUGGCCAAAAUAUACCAGCUUCGGUUCACGACUCGCACAAGUAUCAUACACGCCUGACUGCCUACAAAUGUGGUAUAUAUCCUGACUUGAGUCCAUGGCAGCUGACCGCCACAAAUCAGCUCCAGAUAGCCAUCUGGUCACAAGCUGUAGUACCUCUUUCGGCUUGUCACGGUCAUGUGGGGUCUACCAGCGCUUUUAGCGACUAUUGAUAUGUAGCCCAUUCGCACUUCGAUUCUUCCCUGCCGAC